CACUCCACCCACCUACUCAACGAACUCUCCACACUUUCAAAAUCCGAACUCCAAAACAAAACGCACUCAAACUCCGUUACUUUCUGUGUUUUAUUUCCUUUGUUCAGACUGUUAGAGAAUGUCGCCGUCGACGACUGGGAACUGCAGCAAAAUCCGGCGCAUUGUGCGCGUGCGGCAAAUGCUUCUCCGGUGGCGGAGGAAUGCGCGGCUGGCGGCGUCGGACGUUCCGGCGGGACACGUGGCGGUGUGCGUGGGGCCCAGCCGGAGGAGGUUCAUCGUGCGCGCCAACUACCUUAAUCAUCCGAUCUUCAAGACGCUUCUCGCGAAAGCGGAAGAGGAAUACGGUUUCUGCAACCACGGUCCUCUCGCUAUUCCUUGUGACGAGUCUCUGUUCGAAGAGCUUCUCCGGGUCGUGGACCGACCCGUACCCGGAUUGUACACGCUCGAGGAUUUGAGGAGACGGUGCCACGUGGAUGUGUCGGGUGGCAACUCUGAGUCGUGGCCGUUGCUUCGUGAUGAACUGAUCUGCUGAGUUGACUCGGUCCUGAAAAUACAAUAUUCAUUUUUCACUAACUACUCUUUUUUUGGGGUUUGUAAUUUUUAUCCUAAUUAAU